AUGUAUGGGGUUUUGAUAAAUAUUGGAGUAACUAGAUCCACUGAUGUUUUGGAUGAACCAGUGGUGGGUCAUGAUGAAGUUCAUGUCAAAUUAGAGAGGUUGUUGAUUUGUAGUGAAUGUGAAAAGGGUCCACUUGGAUUCGCUGGGAUUCCAAUUGGUUUGGAAGCUGAUCAUAGAAACUUGCAAUUUUCUUUGAGUUGUAAUAGUGUAUUAUAUGAUUUUUAA